AUGAACGUCGAUUCCGUCGCUCGCCCGUACGCGUUUAUUAAAUUCGACACGUUUAUUCAAAAGACGAAGAAAUUGUACUCCGAUCAACGCACGCAGAGGAACUUGGAGAAGUUGAACGAAGAUUUGCACGAUAUUCAAUCGAUCAUGACGAGGAACAUUAACGACGUGUUGGAGCAAGGCGAACGGUUGGAUCGAGUGGAAAAUAUGAGCGGGAAUUUAGCGAUGGAGAGUAAAAAGUACGCGAAGAAGGCGAAGGAUUUGAGCAGGCAGGCGUUGAUUCAAAAGUACAUGCCGGUGAUUGUUUUGGUUGGGUUGUUUAUAUGCGUGUACGGGUUUCGGAGAUUUUUCGCCGCGGCGUGA